AAUGACGUUCUAAAUAGAGGUGUUUACCCUAUUCCAGGUUGUGUGUGUACUUCUUUUUUUUAGCUCGUCAUGUUUCCCACCCAUUUAUAAUAAGGGCUUAUCUUUUCUUCUUCUUUUUUCCCCUCUUUUUCUUCUCCAUAAUUUCUUUUUCUUCCCUCUCAAAAAGUAAGCCUUUAGUCUUCUUUAACAAUGAUGACUUCUUUGCCUGCCAAUACACUGACAGUUCCAGCAACAAACACAGAGUGCUCCAACAAUAAUACUAAUGCUUCUCGACGAUUAUCACAAACUAUCACAGAUAUCGUGACGGGUUCCACACCCACUGGACGCAAUCGAUCUUCCUCAUCCCCUCCGUCACCCACUAAACUUGAACAAGGUCCCAACAAAAUUUCGAUCGAAUUUGAUGGAGGAGGACAAAUCAUUGUUCGACCUAAUCGCAUCGUGCGGGGCGUGGUGAUUCUAAAUAACGUAAAACAAAUUCAAGCCAGUCAAAUUAGAAUUCGAUUUCGUGCUGAAGAAGUGGCUACAGCCAAAGUAAAAGAAUAUGGAUUAGAAACUAAAAUUGAACGCAUUGAUCAAGUGAUAACCACCUAUUUCGACACGACCACCAAAGUAUGGGGAACUGAACCCAGUCCUUAUUUAAUGAGUUCAUGGGAUGCAAUUGAACCGGGAGAACACAAGUUCCCUUUCGCAUUAAAGUUCCCCAAUGUGAAUUUCCCUCCCUCCACAGAUGAUCCCGUUGGAUUUUCCAUUCACUAUAUAUGGUCUGCUCAUUUAGAUGGUCCCUCUUAUAACCCUGGUAUGCAAUCCAAAGAGUACAUCAUGCCUUACCGACCUAUUGUUUGUGCUCCACCUACCAAGGAAUGGACAUUUAACCAGACCAUCAUCAAUGACAAGCGGGUACCUAUUGCUCAUGUAGCUGCCAUUAUGCCACGUGGUGCCUUCUGUCCUGAUGAGGACGUGCAAAUGCAGUUAGUGGUAGAGAGUAUUCCUUCUGAUUUGAUUGUAUCGAGUGUAGGUUACACAUUGAAUAAAUGUAGUGUAGGACAAUUACAGUUACAGAGGGGACUUGCACGAAAGACCCGUUGUCGUAAGAUCUUGCAGGGUUCCUUGGGAGUGUCUGGUAAUAAUGGAGGGGUCACAGUGCCAGUGAAUUUCCAUGUACCCACUCGACUUGUGUCACCUUCAUUUCAGUCCCGCCAUUUAUGUGUGUAUUAUGAAAUUGUGUUUAAUAUCCAAUUUACCAGCCAUGGAGGUCUUUUGAAAUCCAACCCAAGUGGAGAAUGCACGGUGCCUAUCGGAAUUACGAAUUUACCACAUAAUCAUUUGUUGCAUAUUCCUAAUCUCACAUCGGUUCAGUCGUAUCUACAAAGUAAAGAAUCACCCAUCUUUUUCGACCCAUUUUUAGAUGAACCACCCAAUGCCUCCUCUAUCCCCAGUGAACUAUGGGGUCCCCUGACAGCUGCACUGAGUACGCCACCCAUUACUUCUCCACCCAAUUAUUUCAGUCUAUCGGAAUUACCGUCGCAGUUUAUUCAACGGGAUCGAGAAGAAAAGACCGUGUUUACAAGUAGACUGAUUAAAGCCGGUAUGGCUCAAGAAUUGGGUGACCCCAUUACCCUUGUACAGGGAUCACAAUACCAAUUUGCCUAAUUUUUAUAUCUUUUUAUGUUGCAUUUGUAAAUAUCCAUAUUUAUUAUUAUAUUUUAGAGCUGAAUAAACUCAAUCUUUUUUUUUAAAAAUAUAAAUA